CAGUCGGUACGGUUGUUGAAUCCGGCUUUCGGAUUGUACUUUACCUAGCUCUGGCCGGUGUUACUUCGGGAUCGGGAGUAGAGCGUCAAUAGGGAGUGUGGAAAGAGAGAGUAGUGCGUGCACGGUUGGGACUUCUUGUCAUCAUCAUCUCGCGACUGCGAUGGUGUGUAUUCAAGUGUGCAAGAGAGAGAGAGUUCAGUUCAGUCAUCAUCAGUCGGCUAGUCAGUAACCCUCUGCUGGGACCGGUUCUUUUCUGCUGGAAGUCUAGCUUUGCUUCUCGACCAGGAUUGUAGCGGUUCAAUUACCACAGGGACUGUCCUCCCAUAGUGCUUUGUGGAACGGUGCCGGAAGGUGUGCUCUGUUGGAUUGAGCGGGUGUGCGUUUGGGAUUAUUCUUCUCUGCGUUCUUUUCGGGCACCCCGGAGAGCCCAGAGCGGUUGUCGAAUUUCGCGGAAGCAGGAUUCUUCCUGUAUUGUGUGUUUACCUUACACGCAGUGGAUUCAGAGGGGAUUCAGAUUCUGUGCAAAGCAUAACGACAGAGGGUAAAGUGAGCACAAAAAGUGCUGUUAGUUUGGCUCGAAGGAAGAAAAGUGUAUUCGUGGGAUGAAUUAAAGCCGCAAGGUGAUAUCGACAAGCCUGGAAGGAAGAAGAAUAAAUUCUAUACGUGCGAGUUGAAGAGUAGAAUAAUCGGAAGAAUAGAAGAAAAACACGAAGCUAGGUGAAUCGAGUGCCAGUGUGCGGCAAGGUUUAAUUAAAAUUUCUUGAAUUUUUCAGCUUGGCCAGCAAUCAUCAAACUUUCUGUAAGUGGUAGUGCUGAUUCAGCAUUCGAUAAAGAAGAUAAAAAUAACAACGUGUGCUAAAAUAAUAUUACACCAUCAAUCUAUAAGUAAAAAAAAAGCAACAAUCGUAACGAAAAGUGUACUCAGUGUGCAGCUCAUGUUGAUUGUGCAGUUUUUGAAAUCAAGUGCUAGUGAACGAAAAGCCGAUUUUAAUCGGCAUUUAGAAGGGCAGCUGGCUCCGUGCCUUGGAUUAAUUUUCAACGCCCAUCUCAAUUUCAGCUGGAUUAAUAUACCAACCCCAUGAGGUUGAUUUGCACUUUCAUCUGUUUGACCAGCCGGGCAGCCUCGGUCUCGACAGCAUAUUGCAUUGAUAUCGACGAAUACUGGCUUUUUUAAAGCAUCGUUUAUUGGCAAUAAUAGCAGCAGCAGCAGCAACAGCAGUAACAUCAACAUACAAAAGAUAAUAGUAAACAAGGUCCCAUCAACGAGUUGCUGCUAACAAUUCGGGCAUCUUUAAACAAUCUCAACCAGCAACAACAUAACCAGGAGACCAAAGCUCACACGCACUGUGAAGUUGCUUACCUCCAUCAGUAAACUAGGCGAAGGGAUGUCAGGAAUCCACGUGUAGCUGUUCGACAGGCUGUGUGUAUGCAGAGGAGUUUGUGUGUGGUCGUGAAUAUAACAACGAAACCGGUCAAGUGGCAGUGUUUGAAACAAGUGAAACCAAUGCAAAAGAAUCGUCAAUCAAUAGUGAAUAAGCAAGGAAGAGAAUCCCAUUUUUAAGUGAAUAUUCAACCGUAGUAAGAUAAUUCAAUUUUCGCAUCAAGUCUACAAAUAGGCAAUACGGCAAUAGGUGAUACGCCAUCGAGAAAGGGGAAGUUGGAGAUAUAUUUCGAUUUUGGAAAUAGGAAACUCCAGCUACAAUGAAUUUACGACAUCAGGAAACGUUUUGUAUCAUACUUUUGAUAUGUACCGUCAGUAUUACCUUCGGGCAGGACUUCCAGUUUGCCAGCGAUAAGGAGGAGGAGGAAGUGCAGCCAAUGCCAGCGGCAGAACCACUGGACGUAGUUAGUAAAGCACAACCCAUCAAAUCAAUUUACUCCAAGGAAAAAGCACAAUGUCCACCAUCGCAAAGCAGGAUUAUGCUGUCACUGGUGCUCCGGUCGCACAGCUGGGACGACAUCGUCGAGAAGAAGCGUCAAAAGGCUAUCAACAAGCUGUCCAAGUUCUUCCUGAUUCCGAAGGAAAACUUCAUAAUCGAUGACGUCAACCGCGUGGAACUUCACGAGAUGGCAGCAAAGGCACUGCGACGAGGUCGAAACAAUCUGAACAGCAACAAGCGGAAGCAGGGACGUGUUGGAUUUUUGAUUGGCUGUGGAAAGACGAUUUUCCCGAGCGAGAAACUGAUUGUUAAUACCAUCGCUCAACAGAUGAAAGAGCGAGCGCUGGAUGACAUUUCCGGAUUAGACUUUGGUUGGUGGUCCAUCUGGACUUGGCAGUCAGAGGACAAUCUACCGCGGCGGGUGAAGCGGCAGAACGAUCAGGAUGAAUACGAGAAUGAUGAAGACUACGACUACAACUACGAUGAUGAGGAUGAGGCUGAGCCCACCGAGGUUCCUCAGCACGCUCACCGUCACCAUCAUGGAGACACCUCGCCUUCACACGUGACCGUUACUAACAGUGAAAAAUAUAGUCAUAAGCAUAGCGACAACAAUAACAAGUCUGGGACUGUGGGUGGCGGGCACAGACAUCAUGGGGAACCGGACGAAGACAAUCAGAUUGUACCUGCUGGAGUGCUGGAUCGAAGCGUCGAAGGGCAUGGCAAGAAGAAAUCCUACACCAAGAAAAUGGACGCAACACAGACCGAAUCGAAUGAUCAGUUCGAUUUCACUCAGGCCGACAUCCGGGAAAGUGUUUCCCAGCUGGAAUCGACCAUUACGAAAACGAUUGAGAACAACGAACAGCUGAAAAAGGAAGAAGAAAGCUUGCUGGCAAAGAAAGCUUCCAAACAUAAGAAAAUUGACAUCCAAAGAAUCGUCGAAACCGAACUGAUGCUACCGGACAUUGAGCAACUCAAAGGACGGGAUGUCUUCAAGGACGAUUACUCGAUUGAAGAUGCUGUGACCCCGGUGGUCCAUUCAAAGACAACUACGACUACUCAAAUCACUUCAACCACUGACAAACUUUCAACGACUCAGAAAACAUUCCAAUCAAGUGCAAACAUCAAAACCACUACGAAGGAACCCGUCAUCCUCCAAGCCAAAAGUAGAAGCUCGCUAACAAGCUCCAAAGUUGUCCCGCCAAUAACGACUGCUACUACCGAUGCCAGCAGCAGUACUACGACAACGACAUCAACCAAAAACACGACACCGGCAACCAGCACUUUUGCCUCCACUCCGGAAAUGACCACCGCCAUUGAUCCAACUAACGACGAUAAUUUAUCUAAUCAAGUGUGGACCGAAGAAUCCCCACUGAGCACCGCCAGGAGUGGUAAUCCCACAUGGACCACCAAAUCCUCGACCUUACCAAUGACGAUGACGACGACGACGACGACUAUGAAGACUACAGAAUUAACCACCUCGAAUCCACCACCACCCACGACCACUAUUCGCAGUCCCCUUACUUCGACUGGUACAUCCCCCGGAACAGCACCACUAACCACCACCGGUAGCACCACCACCACCACCACCACGGCCAUCAUUAUCAACAACAGCAACAAUGAACUUGAAGACUUGGCGGAAAGCAUCUCCACUGCCGCUACUAAUGCUCGUUCUACUAACAAUAACGACAAGCUUAGCUACAUCGCCGCCGUCGAUGCUGGUAUGCCUUCUCCAGGAAGGCAGGACGGUCAAGCGAAGGUAAGCAGACCCCCUCGCAUGGCCGCAGCUUCGGCGGAGAAAACCGAGCAUUCGUCAAAAACGGCCGACAAGGAAGAAGAAGCACCUACCGUGCUAGUGACAUCGAUGGGAACCUCGCCACCCUCAGCCUCGUCCACCAUUUCAAUAACUUCGGCCGCACUGUUACCAACCGACAGUCAUACGGUUACCAGCCAGGCUACGAACGUAGCUACCACAACUUCUUCAACCCCUACGCUCUCGUUUGGUCUGGAUGAAGAAGUCGAAGAAGAAGGAGAACCGGAAGAGGAUGAAGAUGAAUACGAAGAUACGGUUAUAAUUACAGAGCUACCUGCUUCUGUAGCUCCAGUAGUAACGGUGGUUACCACUAGUACCAUGCCUUCAACGACUAAGAUGGCAACAAGUACUAGCACACCAACGGAAACGGAAACGGAGGCUUCCAUUUCAACGGGUGUCGCUUCAACGAUGACAUUCGAACCAUCAUCACAGCCACCUCCAACAACCAGUACUCCGAUAGUAACAACAACAACAACAGCUACAACAAUAAUCACAACAACAGCAACACCAUCUACAACACCGCUUGAACUCGUAACAGCGCCACGUGUGGUUUUUGUUGAAACUACUACCGCCGAAACUAGUGCCACUACUACCACUACCUCUUCUUCUACCACUACUACUACUACUCUUGAACCAAAGAUAACGACAGAACCAAGCGUAAGUAGUGGCAGCGGCAAUAAAGCUCAAACAAAGCUGGAUACCAAAGAAGACUACGAUAACUACGACGACGAGUACGAUGAUGACAUUGAAGAGGAACCUACUACGGUAGCUGUUCCCACCGGACGGCAAGCUGGAAGUCAACUGCCGGCGGUGAUCAGCACAGAGUCUACGACGACCGAACAACCAACGACAACUCCAGCAGCCACAACCGUCCCGGCCACGAGCCCUACCACAACGAGCACAUCAACGACGCCAGCAACCACCACUAGCACCACCACCACCACAACUACUACAACGACAACACCUGCCCCGACGACCACCGUGCCAACAACAACUGAACUGGAUGAACCGACCAACAUGUAUCCUAUCAUCAAGAACCGCAUCCAGAAGCAGGCCAUCAUUGCCGGCAAAGUGUUCAGUCUGCCUGUCCCACUGGACACGUUCUAUGAUACGGAAGAUGGCAACAAUCUACGCCUGGAGCUGUUCGACAGUCACGGCUUCCCGUUGAAGAACAAUUCCUGGAUCCAGUUCAAUGUGGAAACACGGGAAAUCUACGGUCUUCCGCUGGAGAAGGACGUCUCCAAAUGGCACUACAUUCUGCAGGCCACCGACUCCGGCGAGAAGUCCGUGAACGAAACGGUAGACGUCGCCGUCCAGCAACAUAAAUCACACCGUAGUGUCAAUCACGAAAUAAGCCUAGCUCUCAAACUGCAGCGCAAAUUCGGUAGGAACGUGGACUGGCAGAUUGAAAUCAUCCGAGGAAUCACCAAAGUGCUAGGAGAUGCAUCCCUCUCCAACGUAGUCGUGCGUGAGGUUCGCAACAGUAUCCAAGAUCCCAAUCUCGCAACUUUCGUGUACACUAAUGAAACCCUGCCAAAGGACCGCUGCCCGGAAGAGAAACUGGACGAACUAGUAGCUCAGCUUACCGAGAAAGCCCUGAACGAUGCACUGAAUCCAGAUAUUAUGGUCAAAUCGGUACAGGGACAACAAAUUGGACAGUGCCUGAAGUCGGUGAUUCCGAAGGUUAAGCCAACACAGACGAUUGCUACGAAAAAUUAUGCCCCAACGACAAGAAACCAGGUUGACCGAGUUAAUGCUACGGUUGGUCACCUGCUCGUUUACAAAGUACCGGCUGAUACAUUCUACGAUCCGGAGGAUGGCAACGAUCUUAAGCUGAAGCUAUUGACCACCGAACGGAACCCGUUAGAUCAGUACCAUUGGUUGCAGUUCGAUUCAAAAAAUCACGAAUUCUUCGGUAUUCCUCAAAUUCAGGAUGUUGGUCAGAAGGAAUAUCUUCUGAUGGCUGAAGAUCGCGAAGGUCUGACGGCCACCGACGCGCUAGUAGUCGUGGUCCAUCAAGCGCACUACAAGCGCGACUACAGUGUCCUCUUCGAGCUUACCUUGGACACCACUCAGGAGCAGUUCAAUACCGCACAAUCCCAACGUAGAUUCAUCGAACGGCUGGCUCAGGUUUUCGGAGACUCGCAUACCAACUUCAUUCAGAUCCGAAAGGUUCACCCAAUGCGGCACAUCGAUCAGGUGCAAGUAACCUUCUUCAAUACGACCCUCUACCGGCAGCACCAACGCUGUCCGGAUGACGAAAUCGAAGCCCUGCGCAACAUGCUGCUCUAUCCGGACGGAACGGUCCGCAACAAGGUGAAGGACAUCCUCGGCCAAGAGUUCAACCUCUUAAAUAUGAGUAUGAUCCCGAUGGGCACCUGCCAGGGCUUCGAUACUCCCAUCUACGUGACAAACGAACCGGAGAAAGCGCUCCCGCCUCCGAUCGCCAAGGAUGACUACCUUCUCACCUUUGUGCUUCCGGCUGUGAUAAUCCUGGCGAUGCUGUUGAUCGCUUCCAUAAUCGCUUGCGUUCUCUAUCGGCGGCGGCUCACCGGCAAGAUGGAACUUGGUACCGACGAGGAACGGAAAUCGUUCCGCUCCAAGGGCAUUCCGGUGAUAUUUCAGGACGAGUUGGAAGAAAAGCCGGAAAUUGGCAACAAGUCGCCGGUUAUUCUGAAGGACGAAAAACCACCGCUGCUGCCACCGUCCUACAGCAGUACCAACAAUGAUGGCGACAACGAAGACGUCGACGAGUACGUUCCGCCGCCGGCUAUGGUCAUGGGUGGCCGCGAAUCACGAGGCAAAUCUCCGGUAACCCCGUCUUACCGAAGGCCCCCGCCGUACGUGUCCCCUUAGAAGCGAGCCAAUCGCAGUGCCACCAGCACCGCCAGCACCACCACCUCCAUCUCCAGCAACAAUAGUAACAACCAGAACAGUUUCAACGGUAGGAAACCUACACGUAGCUAGGCAGGUAGCGCAGCACUACGAUGGAUAAGACCGGAGCAUGCUCUUGGAGGAGUGAUUAACUCCAAUGAGUACGAUUAAUGAGUUAAUAUGUAUGUAGGAAAGAACACAGGAAGCAAAUAUCCUCAAACAUUUUUUUUCACAGAAAAAGUCUUUCGAGAGGAUUUAGGUUUUUUAGAAGGAAGGUAAUAGGAAGAAGGAGUUUCAUAUUUUUGUAAACAAGUGUUAUAGUCAUCGUAUGCUAGUAAGGGAUGGAAUUAACCAUUGCAUGAAGGAUACAAACUACAGGAUAAGUUUUGUGUCUAGGACCGGUACCGGAAACGGAAAAGAAUUGUGAAUCCAUAGUGUUCCCCGCCUCGAUCACUCGAAAUAGGUUUUAGUUCGUUUGAUUUUUUUUUAAUCUUUCCCUUCUCUUGUUGAAACAUUUUUCGAGAGAAACGCACAAUCAAGUUUUAAAAAGUUGUUCCCGUCACACAGCAGCAGCAGCAGCAGUUUAAGAGCUUAAGAUGAUAGACGAAAAUACAAAGAAUUUUAUUCAGUUCUCGAAAUCAAUCGGCUAGCAAAAAAAAAAGUAGAUAUUAUAGUGAACGUGUAAUAAUGCGCGCAUAAAAUUGCAGUAAAUUUGCUCGUAGAACUCGUUAGGCUAAUCAAUCUAACUAUUAGGCGGCAGCCAGAAGUGUGAAUAAUGUAAUUUUAUAAAUUACAAAAAGAGUCAUCCGAAGGCGGAGAACAGUUCUAUAUUGCGCUGUAAAAACGAAAAUGAUUGAAAUUGAAAUAAAGGUGAAUUUACAUUGGAAACGAACCGUGAAAGGCAAACACAUAACAGAACGAACAGAUCUUAGGAAAGGUAAACUGCUGCUCAUCGCAAGUCGGUCCCAUUUGCGUUUUUGUCAAAAUUGAUUUUUCAAUGGAGAUGGCAGCUAAUCACCCAUAUUAUCAUAAUACUAGACGAACUCAACAACUUUGUUAUGGAAAAGUUUGGAAAAAUUACCAAACCCAUUACUUAAGAAACAAUGAUGAGAAGCAAACAUUAAACGCAUUUUUGUCGGCUUGCUGGUUUGUGCUAUGGGACGGACUUGCCAUGAGCGGCAGUUAACCAAAAUAAAAACCAUUACUAUUGGUCCCACCAAUUAUACCAGGGCGGUUCUUCAUGUAGCAUGAAGUUGUCUUUGAUAUGACGGUAGAGUGAAUGUGAAACGUGAGACUUUGAUUUCAAAUGUCACAAAAUGCUCACAAAUCUUGAAGCUUAGGUAACUAGCAGAUUUUUCGUUGAGUUUUAUUGCCUCAUUUAUUUGUUCCAAUUUAGAUCGUAUUUCAAGACGUGUUGGAUAUGCAGUUAUGUUGGAUCAUUAAGACAAAGUCCUUGAUUAUAUCACAUAAUAUUAUCUAAGUAAACGCCGAAUGGCUUCAUCAUAUAUGUUCCGUAAAAAGUAUAAAUGUUGACUAAUUUCCAAGAAGAAAUAAUCUCAAAAUAAUAUUUUAUUUCUAAGUUCGAGUGAUUGCAAUUGUCAUUUUAAACUGUUCAAAUGAAGUGUUUAUAAUAGACAGUGCAAAGUGUUGACGAAAAUUCAUAUGGCACUGCUAUGUGAACGUAGGCAGCUCAUGCCAAAUGAAGAACCCCUUACGAGAAUGGUUCUGAUCUCAAUUCUUUCAAUUUUCCUGCAUGGGAGCACACGAGACGAUUUGAUUAUAAUACCGACUUAUCAAAGUUUCCAAAACUCGCGAACAGACAACUGCCAUAAUUACGAAAUGUAGUAAAACGAACGGGAGAGGUAUGAUUCUUUGCCUUUAAUUUUCAAACACACACAAAAAAAAAACAUGCAUUUAGUCACGUCCCACUAAAAAUAAACAAAAAAAAACUUAAUGCGGAAUUGAAACUUCGCAGACCAGCACCAAAUGAACAUUACAUAAAAUUGCAUUGGUUUCGAAUGAACAGAAAAGGCAACAACAAUCGACUACCAAAAUCAGACAAAAAAAUUUGUAAACUAUACAAUUUGCCAUUUAUCGAGCAACACAAAAUAAAGUAUCAAUGUUUCGAUGGUUAUUUUUGUUUUCAUCUUUACUGUAAAUUAUUAUCUCUUUAACUCAUGCAACAAAAUGAUAGUAAUUCGGUAAUUUUAAUUGGAUUUAUUUAAGUGUAACGCUUUUUACAAAUAUAUAUAGAUAUAUAUACUUUUAACCAUUAGGGAGCCUAUCAUUAGAUUCAAGCAAACAUGAUACAGUCGCAUACAAUUAUAUUCAGUACGAAUGUGAAAAAAACACACACUUGGACAAGUCCAGUUUCAUGAUUUAUUUAAAACAAAACAAAACUAAAACCGAAAAAUGUACAGCAUUACUUUGAAUUCAUUAUGUAGAACGUAAAACAAUUUAUCAAUCGUCGUAAGGGACAGAAACAACGUACUUUAAGUAUACCAAGAGCGUGAGAAGUAACGAGAAUCGCCUCACUUCCCGUUUUCCCCGCAAUUAAAAAAAAAGUCAUUGAAGAGUCGGGAUUCUCCUCCGUGCCCUAGGUAUUUAAUUCUUCUCGGGAAGCAAAUAAUUAAGUUUUGCUUUCCUUUUCUCGGUUGGUACGGAACUUACCCCAUAGAACUGAAAAUCAAACAAAUCACUUUCAUAGCAACAAAUUAGUUUUCAAAAACAACCCAAACUGCAAUUCAAUGUCUAAAACGGUAAACACAAACACAACAAAAGAGAAAAAAUAUCAGAGAAUAACAAGCAAAACCAAGGGAAUGAACGAAAACUAAACUGUAGAAUAUACUCAAGCACUGAUAGAGGACUUAUACAAAAACAAGAAUUAUAAAAGAAAACCUAGUAAGAUGUAAUCAAUGCGAAACCACAACCUUAAAUCAAUUUACGAAAACGAUAAAAAAACGAACAUAAAAUAUGAACUGGAAAGCAAAAAUUGCCAACGCAGGAAGUACAGAUAAUGAGGUAUGAAAAAAGUGAAAAAGAUAACCAAAUUGUACAUUUUUUUAAUAAAACGUAAGAAAAAUCAG